CCUGUCCCAGGCCAAGUCAAGCUUCUGCCCACACCCGCUCUCCAUCUUCUCUCAUCAUGAGCUGUCGCCUGCAGAACUCCUCUGCCAGCUAUGGAGGUGGUUUCCAGCUGGGAGGGGGCCGUGGCAUCUCUACCUGCUCAAGCCGAUUUGUCUCUGGGGGAUCAGCUGGGGGCUAUGGGGGCGGCAUGAGCUGCGGCUUCGGUGGAGGAGCUGGUAGUGGUUUUGGAGGUGGCUUCGGAGGUGGCUUCGGAGGUGGCGUUGGAGGUGCCUUCUGUGGGGGUUUCGGUGGUGGCUUCGGUGACUUUGGUGGUGGCGAUGGUGGCCUCCUCUCUGGCAAUGAGAAGAUCACCAUGCAGAACCUCAACGACCGCCUGGCCUCCUACCUGGACAAGGUGAGGGCCCUGGAGGAGGCCAACGCUGACCUGGAGGUGAAGAUCCGUGACUGGCACCUGAAGCAGAGCCCAGCCAGCCCGGAGCGCGACUACAGCAACUACUAUAAGACCAUCGAGGAGCUCCGGGAAAAGAUCCUGGCGGCCACCAUUGACAACAACCGGGUCAUCCUGGAGAUUGACAAUUCCAGGCUGGCUGCGGAUGACUUCAGGCUCAAGUAUGAAAAUGAGCUGACCCUGCGCCAGAGCGUGGAGGCCGACAUCAACGGCCUGCGCCGGGUGCUGGACGAGCUGACCCUGGCCAAGACCGACCUGGAGAUGCAGAUCGAGAGCCUGAACGAGGAGCUGGCCUACAUGAAGAAGAACCACGAGGAGGAGAUGAAGGAGUUCAGCAGCCAGGUGGUAGGCCAGGUCAAUGUGGAGAUGGACGCCACCCCGGGCAUUGACCUGACCCGCGUGCUGGUGGAGAUGAGGGAGCAGUACGAGGCCAUGGCCGAGAAGAACCGCCGAGAUGCCGAGGCCUGGUUCAACAGCAAGAGCGCAGAGCUGAACAAGGAGGUGUCUUCCAACACUGCCAUGAUUCAGACCAGCAAGACAGAGAUCACAGAGCUCAGGCAGACUCUCCAGGGCCUGGAGAUCGAGCUGCAGUCCCAGCUUGGCAUGAAAGCCGGGCUGGAGAGCACGGUGGCAGAGACGGAGUGCCGCUACGCCACGCAGCUGGUGCAGAUCCAGGACCUGAUCAGCAGCAUGGAGGCCCAGCUGAGCGAGGUGCGCGCUGACACCGAGCGGCAGAACCUGGAGUACGGGCAGCUCAUGGACAUCAAGACGCGGCUGGAGCAGGAGAUCGCCACCUACCGCAGCCUGCUUGAGGGCCAGGACGCCAAGAUGACUGGCUUCCCCUCCUCAGGAGGAACCACCAGCACCAGCAGCCCCACUACCACUGGCCCAGCGUCCAAUCGCCGUACUUCUGACGCCCGUAGGCCUUAAGUCUGCCUGGCAUCCCCUCCCUCUGUCUUCAGCAUCCAGAGGAGGAGAGAGCUGACGGUUCCUGCAGGAGAGAGGGAGGGGCUUCGGGAAGCUGUCACUCGGCUCCGAGGCCCCAGCCCCCACGUUCCCUAGGGUGGGCCCUUGGCUCCUUGCUCUUCUCUCUGGGUCAGCUUCCUUUUCUUCCUGACCUGGUUGCUCUGAUUCUCAGCUUCUCUGCUAAAAAGAAAAGAUAAUCCAAUAAAAUUUCCUGUCUUUUUGCAAACGUA